AUCUUAUGGUUAUCUGCUGCUAAAGAUAGCACUUCGACUCUCUAUGCUUCUCUACUGGGCAUCAUUCUAUAUCUCAAUCCUUUGAACGGAGGCAAGCACGUAUCCUUUUAGAUGCCGGUGCUACCGGUGGGGAUAGGGUCCGAGUGAUGUGCUGAUCUGUUGUACAUUCCAUCACAUCAACUUGAUUGCCCUAAUUGAUGCUAUUCGAAAGUUCAAAAGCACAGAAAAGCAGCGAGGGGUUUCCUUUUGACGCUAGUGAUUUCAACAGUGCAUUGCCAAUCACUGUGCGACUGUUAUACUUCGAAUUACUUGUUCUGCAUCUGCUUUUUCUCUCCAUAAGAGUUUUACGGAAAUCAUCAGGCCAAGUAGAGGAAAAUGAUUGCGGAUAUGGUUAUGCUGCCUGUCUUGUUCGGACGUAGACCUCUGCUACCAAGUGCGCAAUAGCUCCGCACGCGUUCGACGGUGACAAAGCAUAUAGCAGUGCAUUUCAUAGCCUGAUAUUCAUUGCUGGCGAAAUGUUUUGUGGAAAGUAAGCAAUUUUCAAAAUUUAUCGUGUAUAGCUUGGCAAUGAUUAUUCAUACACGUUUGCUUCUUUUUAAAUUGUCAUGCUCUGAUAGGCCUUAGUAGAUUGUGAUUGUAGCUCUACAAAACUUUCCGAUGUAUACGUGUAUUUCAAAAAUUUACAAGUAAAUGA